AUGGAUUCUAAUUUAAAUAUCAUACCAGAUGAAGAAGAUUAUCAUACUCUUAAUCAUAAAUACUAAGAACUUGUUACUUUUUCUCCAAAAACAAAAAGUGAAAUCAAUUAGAGAAAGAAUUUGAAGACUCUUAAAUUAAUUCCAUUUCAACUUAUAUAAGAAUCAAACACUUCAAAUGAUUGUAAUAAAUAACCUAAUCAAAAUUCAUCAUUAUACCCAAUUUAAGUAGUUUAAUCUUCAAAUAUCUUAUAAAAAGAACAUCCUUCAAAUAGAAGAAACUUCUUUACUUUGAGUGAAUAAUCAACAAAGAGUCUUUCCCCAACAAAAAGUUAUUAUGAAAUUGCUUCGGAUUACACUUUUAAAUUAUAUGAAGGUCAUAAGAAAGUAAGAUUUCAUAUAAAUGAAAGAAUUGAAUAACUAUGA